GCAGUUAAAGAACUAAACAUCAAGACCAAGAACUGGAAGGAGCUCCUCACAGAUGAACCAUUUUCUAGGCAAGAUCUGAUAACCAUUCAGAAUCCCAAUGCACUUGAUAGCAAGGUUCUUGUGGAAUUCGAUCAUGUUAAAAAUAGUUUGAAAAUUGAUGAUGAAGAAUUCAAGAGAAUGAGUUCCGACCCAACCUAUAACAUAAAUGUAACUGGAGAUAUCAAGCAGAUGCUCAAAGAGCUUGGAACUGAAAAAGGAAGGCAAACUGCUCUGCAUGGAGGAGGUGGCAGCAAGGCACAAAAUGAACGGGCUGCUGCACUUGAAGCCAUUUUAGCUGCAAGAUCACGUAUUAAAGAGGAUCCUAAGUCAAAUUCGAAUGGGGAGGCUCCUCAGGCGUACAGUAUUGUAGAUGCUGCUUCUGCUUCAGUGCAUGGAAGAAGUGCUGCUGCCGCAAAAGCCACAUCAAGUGAUAAAACUGCAGCUCGAAUAGCAAUGCACAAGGCUGGUGAGAGGGCACCAGUGAAUGCAAAGAUGGUAAAGAGCAAAUUCACUACUGGUGCUGCUUCGAGAUCCUUCACUUCUACCGCCUUUGAUCCUGUUACUGAAAAUGAAUUUGAAUAUGUCAAAGUUGAGAAGAAUCCGAAAAAGAAAGGAUAUGUACAGCUACAUACAACACAUGGUGAUUUGAACAUUGAGCUACACUGUGAUAUAACCCCCAGGGCUUGCGAGAACUUCAUAACUCUUUGUGAACGUGGCUAUUAUAAUGGAGUAGCUUUUCACAGAAGCAUUAGGAAUUUUAUGAUUCAAGGUGGUGAUCCUACUGGUACCGGAAAAGGAGGAGAAUCUAUAUGGGGAAAGCCUUUUAAUGAUGAAUUGAACUCCAAGUUACUUCACUCUGGAAGGGGUGUUGUCAGUAUGGCUAACAGUGGGCCCCACACUAAUGGCUCCCAGUUUUUCAUCCUUUACAAGUCUGCAAAUCAUUUGAACUUUAAGCACACGGUUUUUGGUGGAGUCGUUGGUGGCUUGACAACACUGGCAACAAUGGAAAAGGUUCCUGUUGAUGACAAUGACCAACCUUUGGAGGAAAUUAAGAUAACAGGUGUCACUAUUUUUGUUAAUCCUUACACAGAGCCUGAUGAAGAGGAAGAAGAGGCCAAAGCUGAGGAGAAAGCUGAGGAUGAAGAUAAGGACAAGAUUGGGUCUUGGUAUAGCAAUCCGACCACAGGAACAGUAGAAUCUGGAUCUGCCGGUGGUGGUGGUGUUGGGAAGUACUUGAAAGCAAGGAGUGCUCUACCUGAAUCUGCUGCAGUUAAUGCUGGUUCGACGGAGCUUGCUUCAACAAAGAAAAGGAAAUUGGGAGUUUCCACAACAAACUACAAUAAUUUUUCUGCAUGGUAAUUGGUAAAUGUCCCAAAUGUUGUAUUGUACCAAAUGUAGAUAAUGUUUUGGAUGAGCGAGUAGGAAGAGCAUUGUAAUCUGUUCUUUUGAGGUAUAAUAAGAGCAGAUGUGGAGCGUGCGGAGGGAUAAAAACUGUUUAUGAUUGUACUUCAAAGCAACAACAGAAGUUUUGAAUUACAGGA